CUUUUUUUAAAUGAAAGAGAAAAUAUUUUUCUAGUAGAUAAUUCUACUUGAGAUUCAUAGUAGAUGAAAAUAAUAAUUCUAUAGCUUUCCCUUAUAGCUAAUAAAUAGGGACAGUGCUAGCAAGUAAAUUAAAUUUCUGAGACCAUUUACAUUACUAACAAAAUUUAGAGUUCUAGAAUAUUUAAAUUUUUUUUAUCAUGAAGUGCAUAGUAUAAUUAAACAGUGAAUAAAUGAAACCUGCAUUUGAUUUCAAGACUCGGAAAAACAAAAAACUAAUAAAGGCAUAUAAUGUUAGAAGAGGCCUUGGAUAGCAUCUACUCUGAUCUGUUCACUUAAAUUUAGGAACUGAGGUUCAAAGAGGUGAGCUGGCUUUCCAGGAUUGUUUAGCGAGUUAGUGGCAGAUUUGAAUCCCUUAGUGGGCCAGAUCGGUGCAGUGGUCUCGAGAAACAAGGUUUGCAUGGCCAUCCGGUGGGGUAUAGGAAGGAAAUUGGAAUUUCUUUUGCUAUUUCAUUAUUUAAAAAUUUAUUUUCUGUAUGUGUUAUGAUGAACAUUACAUGAAUACAGUAGUAUAGGGUUGUUAGGAGUCGGAAUUGAUUAGGCGGCAACUGGUUUGGUUAUUUUGAUUUUUUUAUAUGCAUAUCACUUACAAAUAAUUUAUAAAUAUACAUGUGUGGGGAGUGCAUCUUAACACUUUUUUUCCUGAUAGCCAUGUGGAAUCAAAUGCUAAUGAUCAACCAUGGGUCUAGAAACAGGAUCUUCAUAAAUAGGAGAAAUCCCUGUGUAACAUGGGAGAUCCAAGGCCUUUUCUAAGGAUAGAAAGGGAGAAGGAUGAUUGGCCAGGUAGACUGCUGUUGCAUAAUGUUAUAUAACCUUCAUCUCCUCUCCUUUCCCCAGCUAAAUUUAUUGUACAUUCUGCACAGUUUGUAGUGCACAAUGAAAUAGGAAGGAAAAAGAAAAGUGAAGCUAGACUACAGUUCAGUCCUGGCUCCAUAAAUGGUUGGGAGUUGCAUUUAGCAGAAUAUAUCUUCUAGAAAUAGUACAUGGAAUCCCAGUCAGAACUUCCAGCUUGCCGUUAUUUUCUGAUGCCAUGCCAGCACCAACUCAAUUGUUUUUUCCCCUAAUCCGUAACUGUGAACUGAGCAGAAUCUAUAGCACUGUGUGUUAUUGUCACCACAAACACAUCUGCUGCUUAUCACCCCAUGUUCCUCAGAGUCGCCUGAGAUACACACCCCAUCCAGCAUAUGCUACGUUUUGCAGGCCAAAAGAGAACUGGUGGCAAUACACCCAAGGAAGGAGAUAUGCUUCCACACCACAGAAAUUUUACCUCACACCUCCACAGGUCAACAGCAUUCUUAAAGCUAAUGAAUAUAGUUUCAAGGUGCCAGAAUUUGAUGGCAAAAAUGUCAGUUCUGUCCUUGGAUUUGACAGCAACCAGCUGCCUGCAAACGCACCUAUCGAGGACCGGCGAAGUGCAGCAACGUGCUUGCAGACCAGAGGAAUGCUCUUGGGAGUUUUUGAUGGCCAUGCAGGCUGUGCUUGUUCCCAGGCGGUCAGUGAAAGACUCUUUUAUUAUAUCGCUGUCUCUUUGUUGCCCCACGAGACCUUGUUAGAGAUUGAAAAUGCAGUGGAGAGUGGUCGAGCACUGUUACCCAUUCUCCAGUGGCACAAGCAUCCUAAUGAUUACUUCAGUAAGGAGGCAUCCAAAUUGUACUUCAACAGCUUGAGGACUUACUGGCAAGAGCUUAUAGACCUCAAUACUGGGGAGUCAACUGAUAUUGAUGUUAAGGAGGCUUUAAUUAAUGCUUUCAAGAGGCUUGAUAAUGACAUCUCCUUGGAGGCCCAAGUUGGUGAUCCCAAUUCUUUCCUCAACUACCUGGUGCUUCGAGUGGCAUUUUCUGGGGCCACUGCUUGUGUGGCCCAUGUGGAUGGUGUUGACCUUCAUGUGGCCAAUACAGGUGAUAGCAGAGCCAUGCUGGGUGUGCAGGAAGAGGACGGCUCUUGGUCAGCAGUCACUCUGUCUAAUGACCACAAUGCUCAGAAUCAAAGAGAACUAGAACGGCUGAAAUUGGAACACCCGAAGAAUGAGGCUAAGAGUGUGGUGAAGCAGGAUCGGCUGCUUGGCUUGCUGAUGCCUUUUAGAGCUUUUGGAGAUGUCAAGUUCAAAUGGAGCAUUGACCUUCAAAAGAGAGUGAUAGAAUCUGGCCCAGACCAGUUGAAUGACAAUGAAUAUACCAAGUUUAUCCCUCCUAAUUACUAUACACCUCCUUAUCUCACUGCUGAGCCAGAGGUAACUUACCACCGAUUAAGGCCACAGGAUAAGUUUCUGGUGUUGGCUACUGAUGGGUUAUGGGAGACUAUGCAUAGGCAGGAUGUGGUUAGAAUUGUGGGUGAGUACCUAACUGGCAUGCAUCACCAACAGCCAAUAGCUGUUGGUGGCUACAAGGUGACUCUGGGACAGAUGCAUGGCCUUUUAACAGAAAGGAGAGCCAAGAUGUCCUCAGUAUUUGAGGAUCAGAAUGCAGCAACCCAUCUCAUUCGCCAUGCUGUGGGCAACAAUGAGUUUGGAGCAGUUGAUCAUGAGCGCCUCUCCAAAAUGCUUAGUCUUCCUGAAGAGCUUGCUCGGAUGUACAGAGAUGACAUUACAAUCAUCGUUGUGCAGUUCAAUUCUCAUGUCGUAGGGGCAUAUCAAAACCAGGAAUAGUGAAUGUAUUUUACUCUGGCAGUUCUCAGAUGAAAUACAUUUAAAGGGCAGGUAGAUUGAAACAGGAUAUCAUAAACAUUGCCGUGGGUCAUUCUAAGUAUUUGUCCAUUUGAUACUCCAGCUAGUCAGGUACUCCAAAUUGACUUUGCAGGAGGUUGGCAGGAUCAUGAGAGUCUAACUCUGCCUAGCUUGGACUUCCCACCACUUACACCUGAGGCACCCCUUAUUGUAGAUGUCUCAAGACACUGACUUCUACCAGUCUGAGAAAAUCAAGAUGACCUGGCAGAUAGGAUUUUGAAUAGGCUAAAAGCAAGUAUUUUACUGGGCAUGUUCUCAUGGUGAAAGGGAAGAAACAUUACUGCCCACACCUGCAGACCCCUUUCUUCAUUAAGAUUCUAAUGUAGACAGUAACAUUUAUAUAUUUAUUGCAUGAUUUCCUAGAUAUACAAUCUAUGCAUUAUUCAUCAGAAUUUAUUUUAGCCUGAAAUGGUUUUCUAAUCCAGUACUUAAGCCAUAAAUGACCAAGAACCAAGCA